AAUAAUUUGACUGCGCAUCCAAGAAUAAUUAUUUUACAAACUUUACAUAACAAAACGUUUUUGGUAAAGAAAAUCUGGGAAAACAGUGUUAAGUUUCUCGGACAUAAAGAUGGCUCAACCACCAACGCGUAGUUUAAUGAGAAUCCUGUUCAAUAGCUUCAUAAACUCAUUUAAACCACGCCAACUGAAGGGAAACUUAAUGGGGGAAGAUUAUCUCGGGAACAAGUUCUACGAGAUACCGGCUAAUCCUUCCCUAGGACAACGUCGAUCGCAACGAUGGUUUGAACCAACCGAGAAGGAGGCUUACAACCAGGAAGUCACGGCUGAAUGGGAAGCUUGGCUGCGUGGAAGAAGGAAGGAACCCCCGACCGCAGAGGAGCUUACGCGUAAUCUAGCAAUAAUGAAAAUGAAGGAACGCAACGCAGCUGAAUUGGAAGCAAAGUAUAGUAAACCCACGGAUGCAGCAGAGCUGCAGAAAACGACUACUGGCAUGGGUUCGUUCCCACAGUACGAAGAGUAUGAGAUAAUGCCUGGAAAGAAGAAACACGAAAAGUAGAAGGAAUGUGAUACAAACUAACUAAUUCAGUUGGUGUAAGUUUUUAAAAUAAUAGAGUAAUUUAUUUGUUUCUGAAGAGAAGCGUAAUUGUAUAUAUAUACAAUUAUAUUAGUAGGAUUAAUAAAUUGUUUCCUUCUUUGAAAAUCAUAA